AUGGGAAAAAAAACAAAAGCUGUACAUCUUUGUUGGGUUUUCGUUCUGCUUCGUAAACGCCGCUAGCUACCUGCUCUUCCACAUAAACAUCCGCCACUGCACACACAAACAGAUUGACAGUCACCCCAAACGAAACCAAAGGAAGGAAAUGAAGUUGGACCGGCGUGGUCCAAAUUCAAGCACACCCAUCACCACUUGUCAAACCCUGACAUCUUCUUCUUCUUCACAAGACGCUCGUUUACUGGUGCGUGAAACCUUAAGAAUUUCCGCCAAUCUCGCAUCAUCAUCAUCAUCUUCUCCUUCUCCCAUUACUAUUCCUCAAUUAGCAGAGAAUAAUGAUAGUAGGUCAAGUUUUGGUGUUGAAGAACAAUUUGUUGAUGCGAGCUUGAGAUUGAUUUGUUAUGAGGAAGUGGAUGGCCGCAGGUUCAAAUAUUUAUCACCCAAUAAUAAUAGGUCCAAUUCCAUCCGUGCUGUUAGUCUUCAAUCUCGUCAACCUCCUCUCGAUGAGUUUGUGUCCUUUAUAAGAUCCUAUGUGGUUCCAGAAGGCUUCCCUGACAGUGUUAGCCCUUCAUACGUGCCAUACAUGACAUGGAGAGCUUUAAAGCACUUCUUUGGUGGAGCGAUGGGCGUCUUUACAACGCAAGCACUUCUUCACUCUGUUGGUGUCUCUAAAAGUCAAGUUAUGCCUGGUGCUGUAGCUAUUAACUGGAUUAUUAAGGAUGGCUCUGGACGCAUUGGCAAAAUGCUUUUUUCUAGGCAAGGAAAGAAAUUUGACUAUGAUCUAAAGCAGCUUCGACUGUCAGGUGACCUCUUAAUGGAGUUGGGUGCUGGUGUAGAAUUAGCCACUGCAGCUGCACCACACCUUUUUCUACCUCUUGCCUGUGCUGCCAACGUUGCAAAGAAUGUUGCCGCUGUUACAUCAACAUCGACUCGCACGCCAAUAUACAAGGCCUUUGCAAAGGGCGAAAACAUAGGUGAUGUUACGGCUAAGGGAGAAUGUGUUGGUAACGUUGCAGACUUGCUGGGAACUGGAUUGAGCAUCAUCAUAGCUAAAAGGAAUCCUUCCUUAUUCACAACGUUUGCCUUACUCUCUUGUGGAUACCUUUUCAGCUCUUACCAAGAGGUAAAAUCCGUUGUCCUGCAUACGUUGAAUCGGGCAAGGUUCACUGUGGCAGUAGAAUCGUUUCUGAAGACAGGUACUGUCCCAACUUUGCAUGAAGGAAACAUGAUGGAAACAGUGUUUAAUUUCCCUUGGUGCAAGGACAGGCCAAUUGUUCUUGGUUCACGAUUUAAGGAUGCAUUUCAAGAUGCAAAUUCAUUUUAUGAUGUAGAGCCUGUCUUUCAGAAAGAGAGAUAUGUAGUGGCUUAUAAUCCUUCAAAAGGAAAUAUAUACGCAGUUCUAAAGGAUGAAGCCAAGCCUGAUGACAUUUUGAAAGCAGCUUUCCAUGCUCAUGUGCUUCUCCACAUCCUUCGGUCAUCAAAACACAACCAAGUUACAAGUGAAUAUACAAGUAGAGAUCAUUCAACUCUUUUGCCGACAUCUGCAGACCUUCAAGCUCAUGUGGCAGAGUCAUAUAACAUGGUUUCUGCUUUGUACGGACCUUUUAAAAGCAAAGCUAAAGAACAGGGGUGGGUGAUGUCAGAUUCUCUUCUUAAUCCUGGCCGAGCUCGGAUAUAUGAACAAGUUAAAUAAGGUUACUAGUAACUUUGAGUUUAUUCAGAGCCAUUUUGUUGAGUUUCCCUGCCACCGUCCAACUCUAACAAGAGCAAGUUAUAAAGGAAGCUAUGUAGUCCAUAAGUAGAAUCAUGAGAAACUCACUUCGAAGUUCUUACUACUGGGGAAUACUAGCAGGCAUAAAACUAAAUAUCAAUUUCUUAUCUUUUAUUUCGCGUGGCUAUAAUCCAUUUUCUCCAUGACUCAGAUCUGGUUGAGUUUGUAUAUGUAAGCAAUUUUUAUUAAUUUAUUGGUAUAUCUAUUUAUGCAUACGAGGGGAUCAUCAUAGACCUUAGCAAGUACGCUAAUGUUCUGCCAAGGCUGCCAAGGUCAGCCUAUUCUGAAUUUAUCGUAGUACAAAUACUAUUAUCUGUA